AUGGCAAUACCAAUACCUUUGGGAUAUCUGGCCGGGGCGCUGGUCGCCUUCUGGCUCGCUUUCGGCGCCGCCUGUGUUCUCGGAUUGGUUACCUGCGCGCCCCUGGCUGCGUUCGGGUACAAUAUGUGCGGUGACUUUUGGUACUGGUUUUACUGGCUGUUUAAGUGGAUCAUGGUGACGCUGGUUGUCGCCGAGGUCGUGGUGCGGUUUCUGAGAAGGGAUUAUUCCGUUCUGGAUGAGUGGAUUCAGUCGCUAAGAGUCGCAAUGUUCGCCGACCCCCUGAUGGAUUACCUGACCCAUAUCUGGUUCGGUCUCGGCAGCAGCUGCUGUGUCGGGUGGUUGUUCUGCCUGUUCCUCAACCUGUUGCGGCGCAACAUAUGCGACGACUAUGAGUUCUGGGCGGAGUGGCUGUACACAUGGCUUGAUGUGACUAUGUAUCUCAUUGUGUUCUGGGCGUUCUGGCACACCAUUAUGAAUCACGAUCCCGAUCUCGAGCUGGAUGGCGUUCGGUGA